GUGCUUUUUUGUUCCUUGCCAGUGAGUUGCGUUCAUUUUGUUUUGAAGAGGAUUUCAAUGGACCUUGUUUCUCUCUUAGCAUUACUGCAUAAAUGCAGGAAUCGAUAGUUGUUGUUGUGAUUGGUAUUUAACCACCCCCCGGAUUCUGCAGCAAGCACUGAAUUUGACUGAAGUCUGGGGAAACUCCGGCAAAUCAAAUGUUCUAGGUUAAGGUGGAAGUAUUAAGUUGAUAAUGUUGAAGCAAUCAUCUAGUAGAAACCAAAGAGUGAAAGGGUCCAAAUUGAAGCUAGCUCUUCAGAUAUGUUUACUGCUUGCCAUAUGCAUUUGGUUGCUUUAUCAAGCCAAGCAAUUCAAUGCCAGGAAGGUAGCUUUGGUGGAGAGCUCCGAAGUUGCAGCUGAAGAAGGGAAAAUUGGGUAUCCAUUAUUGAAGAUGGGGAGGAAGAAUCUUAAUCCUAGACUAGACGAACUAGCUGCAGAGUUUCGGAGAAAUCAGGAUGAUGAGCUCGAAUUUGAAGAUGAAGAAAACAAGUUCCAGGGGAACGAGGAAGAUGAGAUUGCAGGUGGAAACGGUGACAUGAGUGUUACCAGCCAGGAAAAGAUUGAAGAAGGAGAGCAUGAGCAAUUAGAGGAUUUGAUUGAUGAAGAUGACAAGGAGGAAUAGGUUAGUGUUGGAAGUGACUAAAAGGUUGCAUGUAAACGGAAUUAUAGUAUACCUAUAUAUCUUGGAAUGAAGUGAUUAUGCUUGAAAGCUUGAUUAGAGAAUAAAGCAGAAACAUCAAAUGGUUCCAAAUGCAGGUAUCUUUUGAGGUUCAACAUCAAAAAAAGAAACAGUAGCUUUAGUAGAGGAAGAAGUUAGGUACGAAAAUUUGGAAGAAUCAAUAAUUAGCUGGAAAAAUAUUGCAACAACAAGAUCCGGGCUCUGAUAUAAAGUUUGGAAUAAAGAGCUAUGUGAAAGUUGCACUUGCUGACAAACAACAUGCCAAUGGAAGGAAUCCAGAAUCCAUUUAUCCUUACAGCUGUUCAUCAGUUGAUAUAUCAGCAGAAACAGCAGGGAUAUAUCAUAAAACACAAGUGGGAAUGGGAAAAGAUCUGACUGCACCAGAAGAUACACCGUCCUCUCUUUCAACUUGCAAUUGCCAACCAGUCCACUGUGUUAUAAUACCAUCUCUUUUAGAACUUUCCACGAGAAGAUAUCAUAAUACUCCAGAGCCCAGAGCCCUGCACCUAAAUGGAGGUAAGAUUCAGCGUAGAUACUUCUUGAACCCUCUUGUGGCUUUGAGCUGUGGUGUUUGGAAAUCUUACAGUUGGAUCACUACUGAAUAUUUAGGAUUACCUUCUUGUUAUUAAAAGUGCAUUGGUGUUGUAUAAUGUAGAGAAGGCGGCUUGAGAUAGUAAAUAUUAGAAUUGAGGUUCUUAGAGAAGAAUAAAGUAGCAGUGUUCAACUUCAUAUUGGCUGGCUGAUCUAUAAGCACCUUGAAACCAAGAAUUCUAGCACUUUAAUGAAGGAUUUAUUAUAUUCCAAGUUA